UGUGUUUGCCGGUUUACCGCCUUUACUUAACACGUCACAAUAGUACCUGACUUACCAACGAAUGUCGUCGCUGUCAUUUGUCUUGUGUAGUUCGCGUCGCGUAGAUGGUAUCCAUGGGUAAACAACAGCAAUGCCAGAUCAUUACCGCUACCGCGGCUCUGUUUCUGGCAGUCAUUGGCAUUCUUCUGCUCGUCGUUCCCACCGAAGACGUCAAAGAGCCGCCAGAGUUUAUGUAUGGAAUAGUCCUGGAUGCUGGAUCUUCUCAUACGGCAAUGUUCAUCUAUAAAUGGCCAGCAGACAAGCAGAACGGCACCGGGAUAGUCAGUCAACACAGCGAGUGUGAAGCAGAGGGAGGUGGGAUCUCCAGUUAUGCUGGUAACACAGGAGGAGCAGCCCGUAGUCUUGAGAAAUGCAUGGAUAAAGCCAUGCAGGAGAUCCCAAAGUCAAGACACAAACUCACUCCUUUGUAUCUUGGAGCCACAGCGGGCAUGAGACUACUUAAUAUUUCUAAACCCGAAGAGUCAGAUGAGGUUUUGAAGGAAGUGGCAGACAAGCUGAAGACGUACCCAUUCAGUUUCAAAGGGGCCACCAUCUUAAGUGGACAAGAGGAGGGAGCGUAUGGAUGGGUCACAGUCAACUACCUGCUUGAGAAUUACAUUAAGUAUGGCUUUGUGGGUCAGUGGCUGUCUCCAGGCAGAGACACGGUUGGCGCUCUAGACUUUGGUGGAGCUUCUACUCAGAUAACCUUUGAAACUAAACAGACGGUGGAGAACAAGGACAAUCUGAUGAAACUGCGGCUGUAUGGACGAGACUAUAAGAUUUACACUCAGAGCUUUCUGUGUUAUGGGAGAGACCAGGUGUUACUGAGACUGCUUGCACUUCUGAUUACAACUCAGGGUUCAGACCAUUCCAUAGUUCACCCCUGCUAUCCUGCAGGUUACAGUGCCUCCAUAAAACUGAGCAGUGUGUUUGAUACUCCAUGCAAUAAAAGACAAACUCCUUAUAAACCUGAUGACGACCUGCAAAUCAAAGGCACUGGAAACUACGAUCAAUGCCUGGGAAAUGUUUCUCGUCUCUUCUCUUUUGACAGUUGCUCUUAUUCCAGAUGCUCCUUUGAUGGGGUCUUCCAGCCCAACGUUACUGGAAACUUUAUGGCAUUUUCUGCAUUCUUCUACACCCAUUCCUUUCUUCAGGAGGCAACAGGCAUCCGCAUCACGUCCCCAGAACAUUUAGAGGACGCUGCCCGUGCUGUCUGCAACAUGAGCUUUCAGGAGAUUUCAAAUAAGUUUCAGAAUCAGGAAAGCCGUCUGAAGGACUAUUGCGCAGUGUCGGCCUUUGUGAAAGUGCUCCUGGUCAGUGGAUAUGGCUUUGAUUACUUCUCUUUCCCGCACGUCUUCUUCCAGAAGAAGGCGGGAGGUACGUCUGUCGGCUGGUCCCUUGGCUACAUGCUAAGCCUAAGUAACCUGCUGCCAGCUGAAAAUGUUUUACUGAGGAAAUCACUUCGCUCAAGUGCUUGGACUGCUCUGAUUGUCCUCUUCAGCUUCCUUCUUAUUAUAUCGCUGUAUUUUUUGUUGCGAGCCAUCUGUAAGAAAGACACUGAUAAUGUCGUUUAAUAAUGAACGCGUUAUAUUGCUCCCUAUGUACACUGUUAUGCACUGCCCUUAGUGAGGAGACUUCUGUUUACAGUACACUGAAAACAACAAGGAUGCACAAAAGACUUUUUGUAUCACAUUUCAUUAAACCUGUCUCAUUUCAAUAAUUUCUUAUCAAGCACAUUUUAUAUAAAUGAUCAUUUUAGAAGAGAUGGUGCAACAGGAAACAUUUUAGUAGUGCUACGUGAGAUUCAUCAAGGAUUCAUCAUGUCAAGAUGUCUGUCUUUUCGUAAUGUUGAAUGCUUGUUUGUAUGCUGUGUUCUGUGCCUUAAUAGCAUAUCAUGUAUGCUUGUUUUAAAACUUUUUUUUCUAGAUUUAUUUGUGUGCUAUGCUAUGCUCCAUAAAACAAAGUCAAACGCAUUAUAGACAUUGAAAAUGCAUUGAAAAUAUAGCUAUGCAAAAAGAAGAAUGUAUUUGAUUUUGAAAUGUAUUCCUGCUGAAUCAGGAAAGCUUUUGUGAUAUUAAAUAAGUUAAAGUGUU